UCUCUGUGCUGAUUGGGCGUUCAGGUUGGUGAGUGAACGCCCUGCGAUUAUGUCAGAUGGCGUGCAGACCAAACCAGCCCAGCCUUUGAACUUCACCGCUUUUGGCUCUCAUUCACGCGCUUCCUCUCAUUUCCAAGCCAGGUGCGUUGCAAAGCAAGAAAACCUCUGAGAAAAAAACAUAACACUUUACGACUCCUCGACGACUGCGGAAGUUUGCAUUACCUCGUUGCAGGAUUGUUUGCGUAUUGCUGGUUUUACGUUUACCAAAGCGAUUCUGAAAAAGAGAAUAUCUGGACUAGGUGAACUAUUUAUCAAACCGGGAAACAUUUUGGCUACUGGAUUUUUAUUGGUGCCGUUUCCAGACACUCUCACCAGCACUUAAGAAGUGGCAUGAUCUGUGUCCGGCUGCUAGACAGGUGAAUAUUUGUCCUUGGUUGGUUCUAGAACUUUUCUCCUCGUUAUCUUAAUUGAGGGAUACAAGUGCACUCUUAAAAUGUCAAAGCCCGUAGAUCAUAUCAAGAGACCCAUGAAUGCGUUCAUGGUUUGGUCCCGGGGACAGAGAAGAAAAAUGGCACAGGAGAAUCCCAAAAUGCAUAACUCAGAAAUUAGCAAAAGACUUGGUGCGGAAUGGAAACUGCUCUCAGAAUCUGAAAAGCGACCGUACAUCGACGAGGCGAAAAGGUUGCGAGCGCAGCACAUGAAAGAGCACCCAGACUACAAGUACAGACCCAGGCGCAAACCCAAGAAUUUACUCAAAAAGGACAGGUACGUUUUCCCUUUGCCUUACCUCGGGGACACGGAUCACUUGAAAGGACUUCCUGUGUCAGCCGCGGACUCUCUGUUGAGUUCAGCAGAGAAAGCCCGGGCAUUCUUGCCACCGACAUCUGCACCGUAUUCGUUUCUUGACCCGAGCCAGUUCACAUCCAGCGCAAUUCAAAAAAUGACCGAGAUGCCCCAUGCGCUGGCCACGGGCACUUUGCCGUACGCCUCCUCUUUGGGAUAUCAGAACGGCGCGUUCGGCAGUUUGGGCUGUCCCAGCCAACAUACCCACACCCACCCGUCGCCCACAAACCCGGGCUAUGUGGUGCCCUGUAACUGUACCGCCUGGUCAGCGUCGAGUUUACAGCCCCCGGUUGCCUACAUACUUUUUCCAGGUAUGACCAAGACUGGCUUAGACCCAUAUUCAUCAGCACAUGCCACUGCUAUGUAACGCAAGACUGACUUUUCUUUAAAAACCUAACUUGAAUACAGCAAUGCAUGUAUAUACGGACAAAACGCUCCAAAAAAGACAUGAAAAGUGUUAAUUGCCUUGGACAUAAGAGCAAAACUGGCAAGAACUUUUCACGCGACGUUCCUGACCUCAGCAUGGAGCUCGGGCUAGAUGUGAAGGCAGGUGCCCUUUGAACUGUAAGAAUUGUAAAUGUUAUAACGUUUAUGGCAACCAGAAAAGGAGGCCUUUAACUUUAUUUAUUAUGUACAUUUCAAUGCUAUGAUAAUUUUGUUUUGAAUUAUUGAUACAAUUUUAUUUUCAAAUUUGGCUUGCACAAUUUACGAUUAGCGUUCUUGUUUCCUGUAUAGGCCUGAUGUUUUGCAGUUUGGCAUUCGGGAUUGUCUAAUGGAUAGGGUCAGAACCAGGACUCGGAGUUGAAUACAUAUACGGGUUGUAUUGCUUAUAUUUAUCGAACUGGCACAUAAAACUAGACAUUCUAUUUAAAAUGACUAAUGAAAAAUUAUUAUCUUUUAAUAUGUUGCAUUUUGCAUUUUCCUGUGGUUCAGUGCUAAUAGUCACACGUCAUUUUUUGUUUUGAAGAAUUACUUCAAUUUGAAGUCAAACAGUUAAUGUUGUAUUUUCUUUCUAUAAUGGUCAUUUAAAAACCUGUCAUGUUAUGGAAAGGAAAAUGUAUUUAGAAGGUUGAUACCUCGGGGCUUUGUUCUAAGGCUGAGCAAAGACAUUUUGAAUAAAGACAAUCUGUCUUCAAAAGUA